CUCAAUUUCUCAAUCCCUUCUUGCCUAAACAAAAUGCAGUCGCAGCAACCGAAAACUACCCUUGUGUUGGACGUGUGGUACAUCAUCAUCGCCAUACUUUGCGAUGUGCCUGCGCCAGAAAAGGUAGAUGAUGGCGAACGCAACAAAGCGCCGCAGAGCUUCGCCAAGGAGAUUCCAUAUCUUCGGGAUCUCAUCGGUCUGAGCAGCACGUGUUCCGAGUUCCGCUCUAUACUCGCUCCACGCAUUUUCAAGAGGAUUACUCUCCAUAACACGGCCAAGAGUGCAUUGGCCGUGCAGGCCAUUGGACAGGGAAAGUUCGCCGCCUGCGUCAAGGAGCUACAGUACAUUUGUACUCACACAGGGUCUUGGGAGCCCAAGACGACUAUAGAGGAAUUAUACCCACCAGAACUCAGCCCCGUCUUGUCGAAUCUCGCACGCUUCACUAGUCUCGAGCGACUCGACAUCCACUUUGCUUUCGAAGGCGACGAGGACCUAUGGAACCUCUUGAGCGAUGAGCUCGUGGACGAUUUCUACAGCGACGCCGGAGUCGCCGAGGAACGAGCAGGGGAAGAACCCUGGCGCGAGCUGAUGGGAUCCAGUUUCCGGGCCAUCGCUUCAGGUUACGACCCCCAGCGUUCUCCCAAUGUCCACGUACCUCACUCUCUCGGCAUCCACGGCCUGGCCCCAAUAACACUACCCAUAUACUACGAGCCAGCCUGGGGCAGCUUCCUCUCCGGCGUAAAAUCCUUCACGAUGACAAUCCCGUACCUCGAAAACGGCGCGGGAUGGUGCGUCAUCACGCAGCCGUCGUACUCCGGUUUCGCAGAGUACCUGGGCUCCUGGUUCUUCAACCAUCUACGCUCCGCAGAGAGUAUAUCCUUUGACCCGUCCGAGACGGGGAUACUGGGCGACAUGCGCGAUCGCUACGACGCCAGCAUCGGACUUCAGGAUGCGGCCAGCAUUGGACUGCACGAUGCGAACAUGCCAAAUCUGCGGCGCGUCGACCUAGCCAACCUGGCUCUCUGCGAUGAACUGGUUGGGUUUCUUGUUCGGCACUCUCAGACACUCGAAUCGAUUACCUUGCGGGAUUGCAAUGGGUUCGAGGGGACGAUGCGGUGGAAAGAUCUCUUCGAGUCACUCAUCGCGGCGUCGCUACCGCGGCUGCGCAGUCUCGAGAUCAUCCACGAGGACCAAGACGACAAGGAACGUCUGCUCUUUCUCGACAACAACUGGGCUGAUCAGUCGCUUGUGGAGCGCGCGAGGAGGAAGAUUGAGAGCGAGCCUGGCGUGAGGCCGUUUCCGUAUGCGAGCCUUAGUGACAAGUAUGGGUCUCGGCUCCCGCAUUUUGAUACGGCGGUACAGUGCUUUUUGGAGGGGGAGGAUGAUAGGGUUUUCAAAGAGCUUAUGGUGAUCGUUGAGAGGAAUGCUGCGGGUUCGGCUGGUGUGGAUGUGUAGCAAUAGUCUAACGGCAAUGCAUAUAGAACUUAGUCAGAUAUUACUAUCAGAUUAUACUGUAAUGCCAUAACCGACUUGGGUACAGCCAUUGAGCGACCAUGUCAUACCAAUGCGAAAUUGCUCCCACCACGCCGACGAC